GAGGAGGCUCUUCUGAGGCUGCUGCCAGUGGUCAAAGCCUCCAACAAAGCUCUACUGAAUGGCUGUAACCUGUCAGACAGAAGCUGUGAAGCUCUGUCCUCAGUCCUGAGCUCCCAGUCCUCCCGUCUGACAGAGAUGGAUCUGAGUAACAACAACCUGCAGGAUCCAGGAGUGAAGCUUCUGUCUGCUGGGAUGAAGAGUCAAUACUGCAAACUGGAAACGCUGAGACUGAGUGGCUGUAACCUGUCAGACAGAAGCUGUGAAGCUCUGUCCUCAGUGCUGAGGUCCCAGUCCUCUAGUCUGAUAGAGUUGGACCUGGGUAACAACAACCUGCAGGAUUCAGGACUGAAGCUUCUAUUUUCUGCAGUGGAGAGUCCAAAGUGUACAAUUCUCAGGGUGGAGCCUGCUGGAGUCCGAUGGUUGAGACCAGGUCUGAGGAAGUAUUCCUUGUCCCUGUGCUGA